GAGACAUGGUUCCUAAGACCAUUGUAGGGAAGAUCGUUGGUUCUGUCUGUUCUCUGAGCGGUGUGUUGGUCAUCGCCCUGCCCGUGCCCGUCAUCGUGUCCAACUUCAGCCGCAUUUACCACCAGAGCCAGCGGGCAGACAAGAGACGCGCCCAAAAGGCAUCAAAGGCAGCAGGCCAGGCGCUGGUGUGCAAGGCCAACCCCAUGUUCGAUACACACCACAAUCACCUAUUGCACUGCCUGGAGAAGACCACGAAUCAUGAGUUUGUGGAUGAGCAAACGUUUGAGACCAGCCUACUGGAGGUUUCCAUGGUGAAGCACCCGCCUCACUCCCCCUCCCUCUCCUCUGGCUCCUCCUCCCAAGGCCUGUCGUGCUGCUCGCGACGCAACAAGAGGAAGAGCUUCAACGUGCCCAACUCCAACAUGACUGGUGGGCAUAGGAACAGCAUCCAGGAGCUUAGCACCAUCCACAUCAGAGAGAGACCCAUCACUAACAGCCGCUCCAGUCUGAACGCUAAGUUCGAGGAGACGGUGCCUCUGAACUGCAAGCAGCCCUACAUCACGGCAGCCGUCAUCACGCUGCCCACGCCGCCCGUCACCACGCCCGAGGACGACGGCUCCGCCUCCUCCCCCGACUACUCACAGGCCAACAUCGUCAGAGUGUCCGCCCUCUAGGGCCCUCGCCUCCCCACCCCACCACCACCAUCACCAUGGCAACCCUAACACGGAGAGAGAGAUAGAGAGAGCUAAAGAAGAGAGACCCUUCCCUGCUCCAAUCAGAGAACGGUGUUUGCAGGGGGGAAGGGGUAAGGGGAGCUGUGGUGUGGUGGUUAGGGGGGACAGUUUAGGCUGCAGGACCCUUUUUGUUUUCCUACACGUAGCUACUACACGUCUGCUCUUGUGGUGAAAUAAAGUUGCAGUGUGAAGCUGCAGCACAAAGCUCCGCCUUGGAUUUUUUUGGUGGGGAGAGACUGCGUUGCCGUGGCGACUGAGAUUAGCGCCUUACAAAGGACACACAAAUGGAGAGCAUUUAGCCACCUUGUCUAACUGCAGCUACUCCCUAGCCACCUUGUCUAACUGCAGCUACUCCCUAGCCACCUUGUCUAACUGCAGCUACUCCCUAGCCACCUUGUCUAACUGCAGCUACUCCCUAGCCACCUUGUCUAACUGCAGCUACUCCCUAGCCACCUUGUCUAACUGCAGCUACUACCUAGCCACCUUGUCUAACUGCAGCUACUCCCUAGCCACCUUGUCUAACUGCAGCUACUCCCUAGCCACCUUGUCUAACUGCAGCUACUCCCUCCAAACACUCUCCAAGGGAAAACUUACCAUUACUAUUUUUUUCUAUAUUGUGUGUCUUUAAAUGUGAUGUCUUAAAACCGAAAUGGGGGAGGUGGAAUUUGUAUUGGUUUUUAUUGUUUGUUAAGGCCUUGAGUUUGACUAGAGCAGAUGUAUAUUUGCCAUGUUCUGAAAUGUGUGGAGUAGGAGAGAAAAGAAAAAGUCAUUUAAAACAUUUGGACAAAAACGAGAGCAAGGGGGUGUAUGCACUGCGUGUACAUAUUUUCCUACCUUAUCAGGACCAGAAUGUCCGGACAAGUCACCAAAAUGUCCUGACAAGGUAACAAAACAAGAACAUGUUUGAAAAGUCAGGACUGAAUUUGUUAAAAUUCAAUUUUAGGCUUAAGGGUUAGUUUUAUGGUUUGGGGUUAAGGUUAGGGUUACGUUUAAGGUUAGGUUUAGGUUUAGGGUUAAAGAUUUGUGGUUAAGGUUAGGGUUAAGGUUAGGUUAAGGGCAGAGUAUGCGAGUGAAGUGGAACGGAGCUGGAGCGUAGCGAGGAGCGGAGCGUGCUCAAUUUGACUGUUGCGCAGAGCGCGAUUCUCAAAGGCUGGAGCGUCAUCCUUCUUGCCCGCUCCAAUUUUGUAGCGCUCAUUCUCCAGUAGCGCUCAUUCUCCAGUAGCGCUCAUUUCACUAGCCCAGGGCAUGCCCGAGUAAGCAUGCAUGUUUAGUCUACUUGUGUGCUGCUAUAACCCCUUUCUUUAGCUACUGACAGCUGCAAAAUCAAGGUGACUUACAAAGAUGACGGCCUAGAGCAAGAGAGGGAGUGCAGUGAUGUAGUGUGCAGUGAUGUGUCCACAACUAAAGAAUCAUUGUGGAAUCUGAAAAGACACAUAUCCCGAAACUAUGAUGGUGUACUUAUGACGUGCACAUGCUAAAAGAAAGGAAAGAGUGGGUAGCUCAUUAAGUGUGUCAUUGUAGCAAGGUAUUUAUAAGCUAGAAAUCAGAUCUCUUAAAAGUUUCCUUCAUUUUUGCUUUAUUCAUACAAUAGUCCCUACUUGAUUUUGUCCCAAAAGGCCUGGCAUAUUCCAACUGUCAAGGAGCAUUUCGUUUUGGUUGGGUUAUUUUGCCUAAAAAACUUUAGGCAGUGGUGGAAAAGUACCAUAUUGUCAUACUUGAGUAAAA